UGAGUUUUAUUAGAGACGAAGAUGCUCAAGAAUCUUUUACUUCCUGCCUCUAUUCAUCCCUAAGGGAAGCUAGAAUUUCCGUCUCAAAGCUGAUAUCUCAAUUGAACUAUUGCUAAGCAUUAUUGAAGGUUGUAAAAUUUCAAUUAUCAUCUUCUCUGAACACUAUGCUAGUUCUAGAAGAUGCCUCAAGGAACUCACAAAAAUCAUGGAGUUUCGUAGCGCACAUGAUCAGAUAGUUGUUCCCGUAUUCUAUGGUGUGGAUCCGUCUGAAGUUCAAAAUAUAGAAUCUACUUUUGGACAAUCAUUUCAAAAUCUUAUACAAAGAGUUUCACCCACUGAAGAUCAAGUGUUAAGGUGGAGGACAUCUCUCACUGAAGCUGGAAGCAUUUAUGGGUUUGCUGUACCUUAUUUCAAGUCCAAGACUGAAAGUGAGGUCAUUCAGAAAAUUGUUGAGCAUGUUCGUUAUAUAUUGGAUAGGAGAGGCCCGUUGUCUCAAGACGACGACGAUCUAGUUGGAGUGAGUUGUCAAGUGCUAGAAGUGAUUAGAAUGUUUCAUAAUCAUCAAUCCAAAAAAGUUCUCUCCUUAGGGAUAUGGGGAAUGGGGGGGAUAGGCAAAACAACUCUUGCCAAGCUCGUUUUUGAGCACAUUUGUGACGAGUUUACGAGUACGCUUUUCCUUUCAAACGUUAGGGAAGCUUGGGAGAGGGAAGAAAAAGAUUAUUUACAAAAAAUUUCUUUCAGUAAUAUGUGAAGCAACAUAUAAGAAAGUAGGA